AUGGGAUUACGACAUCGUGAGGAUGCAGAGAUAGCUGAUCUCGAAAACCGUCUGAUCAUCGAGUGUCCUCGAAAAGGAGAAAGCGUGGACCAGUUCGAGCGCAGGAGGGGCCUUGGAGAUGCAGGAGACGAGCACCACGAGCGUUCAACGACGGGCCCCGUCCUCACCGGUCAUUCAUUUGGCGAGCUGCCGCUCUCUCGCAAGACGCAGCUUGGCCUCAAGGACCAUGAGUCAGAGAACUCCGAUGAGAACAACUUCACAUAUCGAGCUCUACACGACUUCAACUGGACUAGCAGGCCAGCUCCGUCUGAGAACAACAAAGCUGCAGCAGAGAGACAUGCUCGGAAGCUCUUCGCCAGUCUCACGAAGAAGAAGACUCAAGAGGCCUACACCGAUGUGAUCCAUCAAUACCACAAGCUGGGCCAUAUCGAGAAGAUUCCGCCAGCAGAGAGGCUACCACCCCCACAAGAUACCACUACGUGGCCCAGUCUAUCAACGACUCGUCUCUACCCAUGGGUAGCAUGGAGCGACUUGAAGAACGCCUACCUCUUCGACAGAACUCCAAAGGCUACAAGGAGAGCUCAUGGUUUCAUGAUCUAUGAGAUGGACGAGGACGGGUCGGCUACGCUACAGCAUUACCACUUUAGGGGUCUCCCCAUGGGUUCGAGCUCAUCUGCUUCGGCGUUGCAGACAACAACGGGUAUCCUAAUAGAACUUGCUAACGAAAGGUCGGCUAACGAGCUCUUGAACGGUGCCGACACUGCAGAUACACCUAUAUGGAAGGUUCUGGUCGACAACGUGGUCAACGAAGAAGAGCUUCAAGGUCUACCGGUGGAGAAGUUGUACGGUCCGAGUCCCACUGCCAAGGCCCUAGCUGAGGUCCUGAAGAGGCUUGAUGAACGUGCUCGUACUACAACUACACCAGAAGAUGACGAGUGCCAAGUCAAGGAAGCCUACAGCGCAGUGAAUAUGCGUUGGGAUACGUUAUGGAAGAGCGGCUGCAAUCGAGUGAAGUUCGUCGAUGAUGUGACCACCGGUGCCCAGUCGAAGGCUAUCCUAUCAUCUCUACGAGAAGACGAGAAGACCUGCGCUGCUAGAAUCGGCCACACCUUCAACGAGGUUAAGGAGAAAAGAAGUGAUGAUGAUACGAGUGCUGAAGGCUUUGGACUGAUAUGGACGAGUGCACUGGAUGGAGAUCAACUAAAGCCCAAGAAGGUGAACGUCCCCGUGCUGUCAGAGGAGGCGACUGAUCCCAUACGGCUGACGGUUCGUAAUGUCCUGUCUCUACUUCAUCAAGCUUACGAUGUUAUUGGUAUUCUCACAUGGUGUCUACUGCCAAUCAAGCUGAUACUACGAGAGUGCUACACCAAACGACUCCAGUAUGAUGAUCCAGUUACAGCUCAACAGUCGAAGGAGACGAUCAAGGCCAUCCAGCAGUUCAACAGAUAA